CCCUAGUUGCCGACUAUAACUUCGCUGAUUUGAUCAAAUGUUUUGAAGAACAAAAGAAGAUCCAUCAAAUCGAGGCAGAUCGUCUAAAUGGUUCAGCAUGUUACGUCAAUCUACUACCACAACAUAUUGAAGUGAUUAAGAAGGUCAAUAAAAAAUUUGAAUCUUACUAUGGUAUGAAAGUGGAAUUCAGUUUUUUUUCAUGUAAUCAGCAGGCUUCACAUGAACAGAUUGGUCUCAAUGGUUGGUUUGUACACCUAUAUGUAACAAUAAAAGUAAUAAAGUGCUUACACUGGAGAAAUUGAAAAUUACUUCUUGUGUAGAACAGGGUAAAAGGGAAUUCAGUCUUGACAAAAUAGGUUCGAAAUGAUCUUAUGAAAUCUACAAGUGAUUUUUGAAGAUGACGUUCCGCAGGAAUCAGCCAGAAGCCUUAACAGAAACGAAAUUGAUGAGGAGGAAAGAAGUACAUAAGAUGUUAGAUAUUCAACAACCUUUUCAGUGGGGCACAACAUGAAUGUGUAUAUGCAACAUGAUCUUGAAAUAAGUGGGAAAAAAUUGACGUAUUAAAGAUGACAGCAUCUAAUCAACAAACAGUAAAGCUGUUGUGAAAAUGCCAUUUUUUAACAAUGUGAAUGAGGUAACAUUGCACAAAAGAACGUAACGUGAGAUGACUCAAGUCAUUCCAUACAAAACAAUUC